CAAGAUCUGCAGAUCGGUUUGGAUCCAAGUUGCAGAAAUCAUUUCUAUUGAGGUGUCGCAUCACACUUUGAGGUCUUUGUUCCUUUAACAAUGAGUGCCUUUUUGUUGUUUUGGACUUUGUAUGAGUUCUGUCUUAUCAGACAAAGCAUUGAUCUUGAAAUGACCACAGACUCUUCUGCAGAUGAUCAAAGAAAGCUGCUAUUCUUAAUUCUCAUAUAAAGUUAAAACCAGCAUGGUCAUGGUGACAUGAUCAAUUGAACUUUUUUUCUCUCUCUAAAAAGUAGAUUAGAGGUUUUGUUUUCUUGGAGAUUUUGGGGCGUCAUUAAUGCAAUGUUUGUUGGUCAGGAGGGGAGGGAGAGGGGAUGGGCAGUGAAGCAGAUGCAGAAGGAAACAAGCAACUAAAGCAGCAGCAGAAAAGAAAGGUAUCAAGAAAGAAAGAGAUGGUGAGAAUGGCAAUGCAUGAUUAAAAAGCAAGGCAACCAAGUAAGCAGGGUAAAAGGUUCGUUCACACAAGGUGAAGAGCUUUAGAAGAGCAACAAACCAAGAGGGGUGCAAUAAAGAAGACAAAAAGGGGUUGGGUGGAGAGAGAGGAGCAGGCAGGGGGGGGGAGGAGAGAAAGGUGGGAGAAAGAGAGCAGGAAAGGAAGGCUCCACAAUAAUUGGCUCCAAUACAUGCAUCCAAUUCCAUGCCCGCAUCGGGACGCCCACUGCCUCUUUCCUGAAUCCCAAGACAUCACUUUGUUGCUGUUAUUAUUGCGCAAUUAUAUGCUGCAAAAGGGGCUUCCUUUCUUCGCCUUGGCAUUGGAGAGAGGAGCGCCGGAGGCCGUAUCUUCUUAGGGUGCCUCUUCCCUCUCUGGAGAAGCAUAGCACGAAGAGUGCACAGAUUGGCGAGGAAAGAAAGACGAGAUCUUCAUGGUGGAAGGAUCGAAUAAUUAUCAAUUUCUAAGCAGUUUCAGCUGUUCUUGAGAUGAGCCCAGUGUUCUGCGCAGACUCUGGCUAUCAAAUUACUCUGGGUUUCCCACUGUUUCACUGUAAUGUAUUAUAUUUUUCGUGGUAGAAACAGUUUGAGGAUGUUGAACUUUUGUGUUUGAGGGGGCAAUUUCAAAGGUUCUGGCUUUGCACUAGUUGAGUGUUUUUGAUAGAUUAGUGCUUCAGAGAGAGCUUCGGUAUAAUGAGAAUGGCGGCAGAUAAUAACAUCAAUUUCCCUUAUGAGGCAGUGCUUCAACAAUCUUUUCGCAAUCAUCAUGUUUCUUUUCAGCCAGGUUCCGAAAACAGUGCAACUGGGUUUUCUCCCGGUGGCAUGGACAGCUCAGGUGGAAUAAAUGGAUCAACAAGGAUGAUAGUGACUGGGAACUCCCCAGUGUUGAACAAUACUUCUGUCAUGUUUUCGACCGGCAGUUCUCCAGCAAAUGUCUUCCUUGAACCAGUUAAGCAUUCUACGGAGUUCUCGGUCGAUUGGACGUUUGAGGAAUUGGAAGUGUUGAAGCAAGGCCUUGUCACAUAUUCUAGUGAACCUAAUAUGAUGAGGUAUAUCAAGAUAGCAGCCAAGCUUCCUGACAAGACUGUCAGGGAUGUUGCAAUGAGGUGCCGCUGGAUGACUAAGAAGGAGAAAGGUAAACGGCGUAAGCCUGAAGACUCUUAUGCUGGAAAGAAAAUUAAAGACAUGAAGGAGAAGAUGAUAGGUUCUUCCUCGAUGGCUAAUGCACACUGUAAUCAACCAGAGAUUGCAGAUGCCUAUUCAUUCAGAAUGCACGAUGGGAACCACAUUACUCAGUUCUUAUGUGAAGCACCUGUGAUUGACAACAGAACACAGCAACUUCUGGAUGACAAUGCCAAACUUUUUCAUCAGAUUGCAAUUAAUCUUGAAAAUAAUGAGAUACAAAAUAAUAUUGAUCUCUUGUAUCACUCAAGUGAGAACCUAAGAGCCAUUUUGAAUAGCAUGAGUGGAAUGCCCGGUAUCAUGAGUCAGAUGCCUCCAAUGCCUGUGCAUGUCAAUGAGAACCUUAUGCAUUCCAUAUUGCCCGGUACCAGCCAGGCGCAUGCACCUGGCAACAGUCAUUUUCGGGAGGAGCCGAGAUGCUGGUAAUUCUCCGUCCCAAAGUGACCAUGUUUCUGAAGUCCACAAUCUUCUCAUGUAAACCCAAGAUUGGUGGUUGAAGCCGUCUCGUCUGCGUACCACAUUCCUUUCAAGCAAAGUUCUCGAAGAUCUCAUGCCAUAAUCAGGCCAAUCAGAACUGUAUCUCGAACUUCAACUUUGGUUGAGGUUGCCUGCUUUGCAUAUGCUUGAUAGAGGGGAAGUUUGGCGCAUGUCAACGCUAUCAGGCGCUCGUAGCUUAGUGAUUCUUUUGCUUUGCUACCAUGUCCUUUUCCUCGGGAGCAUUUUGUAAUGACAAGUUUUAGUGGUAAGAGAGAAUAAAUUGGUCUUUGUAGUGUUGUAUUAAAUGUACAUUUAAAGGAAGAGACCGAGUUAGAUGUAUCACUAUUCACUGAUGAAGUUAUUUGAUCCUUCCA